AUGCAGGCUUUGCGUGACGACAUCGAGGGGAUGAAGGCACGCUUUACUGCAAUGGAGGAAGACAUCACGCUGGUCAAGAGGGCUAGUGUGAAUGCUGAAGCCGUUGGCGGAACCAGUAUUGGUAAGAUUGAAUUUCCAAAACCAAACCGGUUCAACGGUGUACGGGAUGCCAAGGAGGUCGAGAAUUUCCUUUGGCAGAUGGAGAUAUACUUUGACAAUCUCAACCUGGUGGCUGAGAAUGCAAAGGUUAGGGCCGCUACGUCUUACCUGUCGGACACAGCCAUGCUAUGGUGGCGAAGGAAACAUUCCGAGAUCGAGCAAGGAACAUGCCGGAUUGAAACUUGGGAUGAUUUCAAGAAAGAGUUGAAGCGACAGUUCUACCCAGAGAACGUUGUAUACGAGGCCCGUAAGAAGUUGAGGGAACUUCGACAGCGUGGCUCGAUCCGGGACUAUGUGAAGGAGUUCACAACGCUCAUGCUUCAGAUUCCGAACAUGACCGCGGAGGAUCUUGUGUUCUACUUCACCGAUGGACUGCAAUCUUGGGCCAAGCAAGAGUUGCAGCGUCGGGGAGUUAAGACGGUGGACGAAGCCAUCGCGGUGGCCGAGUCUCUGACUGACUUCCGUACCUCUGGGGCGUCCGAGUCCUCAAAGAAGAAGGAACAAGGCGUGGCUAAAGGUGGGGGAGCGAGACGGGAUACUGCCCGACCAUCCAGCUCAAGGAGUUUUGACAAGGGUGCUCGUCGGGAAGACUUCGAGGCAAAGAAAAAGUCCUUUGUUCCGAAGGGAGGAUGCUUUGUGUGCAAGGGGCCACAUGCAAUGAAGGACUGCCCGAAGAUGGGGUCUUUAUCGGCUAUUAUGGAGAGUCGUGACACCGAGACUCCAGGAGAAGAACCAGGAAAGAUGGGGUCGUUGCAACUUCUCAACGCCCUGAAGGCUAACCCGGGAGUGAAGCCAACGAGCAAGGGGCUCAUGUACGUGGAAGCUCGGAUUAACGAUAAGCCAACCCGAGUGUUGGUGGACACGGGUGCCACUCACAACUUCAUGACAACAGACGAAGCUGUGAGACUUGGUGUCAAGUGGUCCAAGAAAGAUGGUUGGAUGAAGACGGUGAACGCAAGGGCUCAACCCGUCGAUGGUAUAGCUCGAGGGGUCAGGAUGAGGCUUGGAAGCUGGAGCGGUCCGGUGAACUUCUCAGUCGUUCCCAUGGACGAUUUCAAGGUAGUCUUGGGUAUGGAUUUCAUGAGACAAGUCUCAGCCGUACCCAUGCCUGCGUUGAGCUCGGUAUGCAUUUUCGAGAAGGGAUCACCGUGCAUGAUUCCGGCCUUGGAAGAAAACACCGACGUAAUGAGGCAGCUAUCGGCGAUGCAACUCACCAAGGGGGUGAAGAGGGGUGAACCCACGUUUUUGGCAAUGAUAAAGGUGGAGGAUGAGUCCAAUAACAUGGAGGAUAUCCCUCAAAUCAUCAAAACGGUCCUUGAGGAGAACAAGGACGUUAUGCCGGCGAAGCUGCCCGAGAAGUUACCACCAAGGAGGGCGGUGGACCACCAGAUCGAGUUGGAGCCUGGAGCCAAACCACCAUCUAUGGCGCCUUAUAGAAUGGCUCCAUCCGAACUGGAGGAGUUACGGAAACAACUCGAUGAGUUAUUAUCGACGGGGAAGCUGAGACCGUCGAAGGCACCUUAUGGGGCCCUAGUCUUGUUCCAAAAGAAGCAUGAUGGCUCAUUGAGGAUGUGCGUGGACUACCGGGCCCUUAAUAAGGUAACGAUCAAGAACCGUUAUCCCAUUCCGCUGAUUGCUGACCUAUUCGAUAGACUUGGUGGGGCGAAAGUCUAUACAAAGAUGGACUUGCAGAAGGGUUACUACCAAGUCCGGAUAGCGGAAGGGGACGAACCGAAGACUGCAUGCAUAACGCGGUAUGGGUCGUUCGAGUGGCUGGUAAUGCCAUUCGGUCUUACGAACGCCCCCGCCACAUUUUGCACCCUGAUGAACCAGAUCCUACAGCCCUACUUGGAUCGGUUCGUGGUGGCAUACUUGGACGAUAUCGUUAUCUACAGCAACUCGAUGGAGGAGCAUGUGGAGCACUUGCAGACCGUAUUUCGGGUUCUCCGCGAGAACGAGUUGUUUGUGAAGCGAGAGAAGUGUUCUUUCGCCACAGAAGAAGUUCAGUUCCUUGGCCAUGUUAUCGGCCAUGGAAAGCUGAAAAUGGAUGAACCGAAGGUCAAAGCAAUUAUGGAGUGGGAGGCCCCAACCAAGGUAACGGAGUUGCGAUCUUUCCUUGGUCUGGUCAACUACUAUCGUCGGUUCAUCGAGGGGUAUUCAAGAAAGGUGGCACCACUGACGGACCUUCUCAAGAAAGGGAAAACAUGGGACUGGUCCGAACCGUGCCAAGAAGCCUUCGAGGGACUAAAGACCGCGGUAAGCCAAGAACCUGUCCUGGCCUUACCCGACUUCAGUCUCCCUUUCGAGUUACACACGGAUGCCUCCGACUUUGCCAUCGGGGAAGUGCUGAUGCAAAAUGGACAUCCAAUUGCCUUCGAAAGCCGCAAGCUCAAUGAGACUGAACGGCGGUACACGGUUCAAGAGAAAGAGAUGACUGCGAUAGUCCCUUGUAUGCGAGUUUGGAGACACUAUCUUCUUGGAGCACAUUUCUCGGUCAAGACGGACAACGUGGCGACAAGUUAUUUCCAGACCCAGAAGAAGUUGUCCCCAAAACAAGCAAGAUGGCAAGACUUCCUGGCUGAGUUCGAUUACACUUUGGAGUACAAGCCAAGAAAGGUGAAUAUGGUGGCCGAUGCACUAAGUCGGAAGGAACCUGAUCUAAGGCUUAUAAGCACGAAAAUGGAUCCAUCUCAUAUGGUGUCCGAUACCGCACCAAACGAGCCAUCACACCACGGUGGCAUUGAUCUUGCUAGAUCAUAA